AUGAGCGCUGAUCAUACCACUAAUCACACCAAUUAUGCGAUAAAAAGUGGGCAAAGAGUUAGACGUAAUCCUAAGGGAGAGACCGCUCUUCACGUCGCAGCCAUCAAAGGAGAUCUCACUCGUGUCCGACAGAUCAUCGCAGACAACAAAUACGACAUCGACAUCACUGACUUCGCAGGCUGGUCACCUAUACAUGAGGCCUGUAAUCGAGGAUUUGUAUCGAUAGUCGAGGAGCUAUUGAAAGCCGGUUCUAAUGUCAACGCCAGAGGUUAUAACAAUGACACGCCUCUGAUCGACGCCGCCGUCAAUGGUCACCACCUUUUAGUCCAACUAUUGCUGAAAUAUGGCGCCGACUAUACUCUGACCAAUAAUUCUAACAAAACUGCACUUCAAGUGACAAAAAGUGUUAGAGUUUACGAAGAGAUCAGUUCUUUGAUUGAGGAGAAGAUGCGAAAAAAUGGUGGAUAUAAUAAAGAUAAUAGCAGUAAAAGUAGAUCCUCUUCGCCCAACAGUUCCUCUCCUCUGAAGCCCACAUCUCCGCGAUUGACACUUAGAUUCCAAACCAUCAAAGACCCCAAACAGUCGACAACUAUAACGAGUACUCCUAUCACUACCAGCUCCACAAUGUCCUCAACCAAGUCUUAUAGUGUUUCCAGCGCUUCAGACAAAGAUAAGGAAGUGACUAAUGACUCAACUUCUGACAGACAGACUGAUAACAAAACAACCGGUGCUAACGGGAGUCCAUCGGAUACAGUGGCCGCCAGCAGUGACCACAACUACACAACUGUUGAUUCAACACAGACUUCCGGUUCUGAUGAAUCCAAUCGAAAUCGAAAGCGCAGGAAAAGUAACGACGGCAGCGUUUCGUCAACCAGUAAUGCUUCCGGAGGUCAGUCCUCUCGAAGUGGCAGCACUUCAUCUGUCGGGUCUUCGACACAAGUGACCAACAAUUGGCACAAUAAGAAGCACCCGCAUCACCAUCACUUGAAUCACUCGAAUAAAUCCAAUAACAUAUCCAAUAAGGAUAAAAAGGAUAAGAAAUUAUUCGGUUCUUCGUCUGAUAGUGAAGGCAUCGAAGGCUCGGAAUGUGAUAAAGAGUUGAACCCUAAGGACACGUCUUUGAACCCAAACACAAGCGUCGGUUCCACUGAAACCAACGCUCCAAAAGUGCCGCCCCUUAGGAUAGUAUUGCCCGCAAACACGUCAAUCACCACACCAUCAGUGAGUGCCACCACAGCCGCUAGCAGUGGAUCCCAUUCAUCAGUGUCCUCAUCAGUGACAUCGAGUACCGCCCCUUCAGGUGCGAAGUUUCCAUAUGUAGUCUCAUCUGAAGAGUCGUUCCAAAGUGAAGGUGAAUGUGUUUCGGGUGCUGUCGGCUCUCAAAGGAUUACCAGAAGUAGCCAAAGGGUUGCUCAGCAACAAAACCGGUCGACCACUUCUGGCGACCAUCACAGCGACUCUGAAGAGUCGGGACUUCACAACACUUCUCAAACGGAUUCACAACAUCCGAGGAAACGAAAGAUUCGUAACAAUAAUACCAAUGAAAAUAAGAGUCAUUCAAAUAAUAACAAUACAAACAAUUCGGUGAACAGUAACUCAAACGGUGAUAAUGACAACGACUCGUCCUCUUCGACAUCGAGUCUCUCUCACAACCCGAAAGAUGAGAGACAUCGCUAUAAACUGAAGGUUCAGCAUAUGAUUGAUCGGCAAAAGUUGAUUCUGUCGGCAGAACAAGAGAUUCUUCGGGUGCACGGAAGGGCUGCCCGAGCGAUGGUCAACCAAAGCAUUCCCUUUUCUGUUUGUUCUAUUCUUAAAGACGAGGAAAUCUAUAAUAUCUUUGACAAUGAAAGCGAACAAAAUGAGACCAUUUCUAAUCACAUCAAAGGCGAGAAAGUGUUGGUCACCGGAACCAGCGGUGGUUUGAGCGCCAAUAGGACUCGUUAUAACGGAAGGCUAUUCCUCUCAUGGCUUCAAGACGUGGCCGACAAGUGGCAGAAGACUAAGGAUGUGAUGCUUUUGCGGCACAAAAAGGAGUCCGAAUCGAUGCUCGCGAUGCAGAAACUGGAGUGGGAGUGGAAACUCAAGGAAUUCGGUUUAUGUGACCUUAAGACCAGUCCCAACAUCGAUGACAAACACGUACCCAAAGUCUUCGUCAGUGAAGACUUUGAACUCUUUCCGGUUUAA